AUAGAAGACGUGCGAACCGAUUGGUUCAAAGCUUCAUCUCAAGCUACGUCAUACCUCAUUCAUGCCCCUUACCAUUUCUCUAGUGAGGCUUAAUUAAGAUGCAAAAUAAAAUAAAAACAUCCGACAACACGCAUUCAACAAACAAGAAAUCAGGUAGUUGCCACUAAACAUCGCGGCGCCCAAAAACGUGAUUCAUUUCUUUAAUGAUGUUGUGCGGUGUGGAUUUCCCCUGGAAGCGUCCCCGGCGUCCAACGGCCGUUACGUUGUAUAUCAAUGCGUUGAAACCGGUUUCAUCUCGCUUGAGGAAAGAAGGUUACUGCGAUUAAGCGACCGUUGUUGCCGUUCGCAACGCGUUAAUUUGUAACCGACAGUCGCACUGGCCGGUUCGAUUCGAGAGUGUAGAAGCGAUGGCGCCGUCUUCAAGCACACGUUGCUUUUGGGCAUUAACGUUGGUGAUGCUGAUUAGCAGAACAGCACACGGAUCACUGCUGCCUGUAAACUCUGGAGUAGACAAGACUCUGGAUGAAAUCUUCAUGCCCAACGAACGGGAAUCAAUCGAUGACUGUCAUUUGCGGUACUACAAAUUCGGCAUGGGACCACUUCCGCUGCCUGCCUUCGGAAGGCCAGCCUACCUGCGAGAGUUUGCCCAUAUGGCGGCGGUCGGUUGGACGGGGGAGAAUGGCAAGAUUGACUGGAACUGUGGUGGCUCAUUGAUCUGGGAGAACUACGUCCUAACGGCGGCUCAUUGUACCGCAGACGAUAAUAACGCCGCUCCCGAUGUGGUUCGCCUUGGUGAUAUCAACUUGGACGACGACUCGGACGACAAGUAUGCGCAGCAGCUGAAGAUUGUCGAAAUUAUACGCCACCCGGAGCACCGGUUUAGCUCGCGGUAUCACGAUUUGGCACUGUUACGUCUGGAGAGGAACGUUACCCUGCACGACACGGUGGCUCCUGGGUGUCUGUGGAACGAUGAGGAGAUUCCCUUCCCCUCGAUGGAAGCUACCGGCUGGGGAUCAACUGGCUUCGGUCAAGCGAAAACUCCAAUACUGCUCAAGGUGUCGCUCAGCCUUGUCCCAAAGUCCACCUGCGAUCAGCAGUACCGGAAGGGUGAUCGGGGUUUGAGGCAGGGUUUGCAGGACUAUCAACUCUGCGCAGGGGACAUCAAAAUGGACACCUGUCCGGGAGAUUCUGGUGGUCCGCUGCAGAUGAAGCUGCUUGCCAAUGCGAAGAUGACACCGUUCAUUAUUGCCGUCACAUCGUUCGGCAGUGUUUGCGGACAGUCGACGCCCGGAGUGUACAUGAAGGUGUCGCCCUACAUUCCCUGGAUACGUUCGGAGCUGGCAAAGCGGGGAGAGCUGAUAAGGGAGUGGAGCUUUAAACCAUAUGCUUGCGCAUUACGGUACGUACACCUGCGAGAGUACGAGGAUGACGUAGUGAUGGGCAAAAGUGAUACGUUUGAGUCACUCGAUUCUACCAAGGCACAUAUGAACAUCAUCUCAUCGGUACAGACGGUCAAACUCCACUACCCAGCGGGUACAAACGGACCGGACAACUGUUACGGUGUAAUCAUCGAUGAGGACACCGUUGUAACGCUUGCCCACUGUGCCGCUGUCCAAAGAAUGACUGCAUCUCAUAUAGCCGAUCAGAACGGCACGCGAAACGAGGUGGUUAAGGUGCACCGCCAUCCCCAGUACAGACCGAACUCGUACGACAAUGAUAUUGCUCUGCUGAAGCUAAAGAAUCGGUACGAGUUUUCGCGUGACUUCGUUCCUGCGUGCAUCUGGAGCGAGUUCAAGCUACCCGAUCCAAGGUUUUACGUCACCGGGCAGGGUCGGAUGGAUUUGAACAAAUUCAGCUACGGUGACACACCUAUUACCGAGUUUCAACCACAGAUCGUUCAACUAGCCCCUAGGGCAGACCUUCAACUGUCCAACUGUUCCUUCCCGGAUGAAUACCAAAAGGGGCUAGCCAAUGGGCUCACCCAAGAGCAUCUGUGCUUCGGCAACAAACCGUUCCUGGUGCCGGAAUCCUGCCAGAUGCAAAUCGGUGCCCCACUGUGGCGUCGCGUUUGGCGCAUGGAGCGUCACUUUGAGCACAUCUACGCGCUGAACCUGUUCGGCAAGGAUUGUGGCUUUGGACGGUCGGCGGUUGCGACCCGGUUGGGUUACCAUCACGAGUGGAUGCGUUCGGUCCUGCUGCCAAACUACAAAGAGCGGGACGAUUCGGUACUGUUCAUCAACGGUGAUCUGUAUCAGUACGAUCACUGUAAGGCGCCCGAUGGCAGCGAAGGACUUUGUACGCCGGUGCAACGCUGCCCGAAGAUUGCGUACGAUGCGCAGGUAAAGCGUAACGUACGGCUCUGCAGGGAUGGUUCGCUCGUCUGCUGCCCGUACGAGUACGUGCGCAAUGAAACGCGCCCGAGUGCGGACGCACGCGAGUUGGAUGAGUGCGAGACCCGAUACAGAGCGUUCCACAGCGAGUAUCAGCGGUGGCAGCAGGAUCGGAUCGGUACUUACUAUCACAUGGUUUACGUCGGAUGGGAAAAAGGACGACAAACGGAAUGGAACUGUCCCGGUACGCUGGUCAGCCGCAGCCUGGUGGUACUGUCCGCCUACUGUCUGUCCGGUUCCGGCACACUUCCAACGGUGGUGAACGUUGGCGCAGGGAAUCCGAACGACACCUGGAACAAUCCUGUGAUCGCACGCAUCCGCGAGGUCAUCAUUCAUCCGAACUAUAACGCCACCUCGCUGCUGAAUGAUAUUGGGCUGGUGCGGUUGGACAAGGAGAUCGUACCAACGGCAAUGAAGUAUCCGAUUUGCCUGUAUCAGAAUGAAACACACACACCGUUCCUGCUUUACCGGAUGGUAAUAGAUAAUGGAGAAUCACAGCUCGUGUCGAGCUAUCCCAAGUACAACAGCGACUGCAAGGAGUAUCUGGGAGUGCACGGAGUCCGCCAGCUGUCCUCCGCCGAGCUGUGCGUGGACGUCGACUCGGACGAUCCUCGCUCGCUGACGGGUGAUCCGCUCGUCUGGUACAAACGACGGGCGGCGGACAACUCCUCCACCCAGUACUUGGUCGGGCUAAUAAGCUACGGCAACUCUCAGCAGCAGCUGUUUGUGCAUACGCGCAUCUCAGCGUACGUCGGCUGGAUCAAAAGUGUGGCCUAAAAAUAGAUGUGACAAAGCGUGCGUAAGAGUCCAACCGACAAUCGUCUAAUAAUGUUGCAUCAUUUUUGGAGUUGCAGCAACCGAUCGUUCAACAAAAAACCUCUGCUCAGGCUCUAAACUCUUCAUCAUGGUAUGGUAUUAUUAAAUUAACUUUGUAUUAAUUUAAGUAAUGCGUGUGCGGGAGGUGAUCGUCACAACGCUUCCGAUUUUUAAACUUUAGAAAUCUUAAGUCAUGAGUCAUGAGUUCGGAACUCUGUGCCGAACUAAAACUCAAGACCAAACGAACAUAAACAAGCGAGCAACGGAGAGCAUAUGUAGAACCAUCUCCUACGAAUACAUAGAAAUCAAGAAAGAAUAUAAGAACACUUCAUUGCUACGAAAA